AUGUCUAACGAUCAGUCCCUCGAGGAGCGCAUUGAGUUCCCUACUAUUCCUCUCGAGGCUCAGUCCAAGAUUGCCCACCUGCAGGAGCAGUUCGUUCGCGCAGAGGUUGAGCAGCUGCGUGCAUCAGUCCCUCUUCUGGCCCCGCUCUUCAAGCAGCGCGAUGAGAUCAUCAACCACCCUAAGGUGAAGAAUGACUUCUGGAUCCGCGUGUUUUCCUCCGCGCCUACCGAGAUCGAUGAGUACAUUCUGCCCUCCGACGCCACCGUGCUCGGUCAGACCCUCAAGAACCUGAAGGUCGAGCGAUUCGAGGUGAACGAGAAGGGUCAGGGCGAGCCCCGCAGCUUGCGUUUCACCUUCACCUUCAGCACCGGCGAUGAGAACCCCUACUUCGAGAACUCGGAGCUCGUUAAGGAGUUCUACUGGCGUAAGCAUAUCACCCGGACUGCUAACGGCAAGCGCCGCACCUGGGAGGGCCUGGUGUCCGAGCCUGUCCGUAUCAACUGGAAGAAGGACAUGGAUAUCACCAAGGGUCUGCUCGAUGCCACUUGUGACCUCUUUGAUGCCGAGAAGAAGAAGGGCGGCGAGCGCGCCAAGCUUCCCGAGUUCGAGGCUCUCGUCAACAAGCUGAGCGAGCUGGAGGCUGAGGCCAUCAAGGGUCAGCUUGGCGAGGAGGACAAUGAGGAUGAGGAGGAGGAUGAUGAUGAGUCCUCCAGCCCCGCUGGCAUCAGCUUCUUCAACUGGUUCGGUUACCGUGGCCAUGAUGUUACUGCUGAGCAGUCCAAGGAAGCCAACAAGGAGGACGAAGAGCGUUGGGCCAAAAUCUCCAAGGGCGAGAAGGUUGAAGAUGAGGAUGAGGAUGAUGAUGAUGAGGAUGACGAGUUCAUCGACGAGCUUGAGGAGGCCGAGGCCUUCCGCGAUGGUGAGGAGCUUGCCAUCUCCAUUGCCGAGGACCUCUGGACCGAUGCCAUGAAAUACUACGUUCAAUCGUUUGAAAUGGGUGACGACUUUGAUGACCUUGACAUGGAGGAGCUUGAGGCCGACAUGAUGGAUGAAGAUCACGAUCACGAUCACGAUGAGGAGUGUGACCACUCCCACCCCCGCAAGAAGGUUCGCACUUAA